AACACCACCACCACCGGAGCGCCGCUCAGUGGCUCAGACGCUGUUACCCGUUGCAACUGUGCGUGCGUUGCCACCGCGAGUGUUGUGACAGUGAUGCGAACGUGUGUACGCGGCCUUACAUUGUGAGCCUACGUGUGGAGUAGCCGUGAUAAAAUGAACGGGGUGCAGCUCUGCCUGCUGGCGCUGGCAACACUAACGCUGCUGCUGUCGGUCGCGGCUCACAGACCUCAUCGGAGACGAUCUUUAGUGGCACAAGCUCAAAAUUUGCCAGUGUCCAAAGGCGGCUGGCGGCCCGUCGUCGGUUCUGGUGGACUCCUCUACGGUUCACUGAACACAGCGCCCCUACAUGCGCCGUACAAGAUACCUGUCUCGGGUCUAGAGAUGUACCAUUCCUCAGCGAGACCCCUAAUAGCUAGAGACGUGAACAAACUGACAUCGAUAGCUCAAUCGUACCGCCCCACAACACUACGAACUGUGCCAGUAACAUCCCACUUACCUCCGAACCAACCAAUAAAUUCAUACCUCAAUCCAUUCGCUUUGCCGAACAACCUAAACCAUUACAAAUUCCUCCAAAACUAUCCAAUAGAUAGUAUGCUUUUCCGGAACCCCCCACAAACGUAUUCGGCUCGUCCUGUGAAGACAAAACAGAAGCAACAAUACCACAACAUAUUGCAACAGUUUUCAAACGUUCAGCCGAUCCAAUACGGUCAGUACAAUAUACCUUUGGACAUGUAUGGGAAGAUAGAUUACCCAAGACAGGACACGAAGCGGCCGCAGUCCGCAGAAACCGAGAUCUUCAAACCAGAAGUUUACAAGUUACCAGACAGCGAAACAGCUUCUCAGUUCAACGCAAAGCCUGUGAAGACAGUCCAGCAACAAACUAUGACGUCGAAACUACCCAUCAAUCAAUAUGGACAUCCAUUCCAAGAUAAUGUGUACAACAUGCAACAAUUCCCGAGUUUUUUAGGUACUUUCGGAUCCUUUGGCCUACAAUCCGUAAAAGGAAGAGACCAUUUGCAUCCAAACACAAAAACGACAUAUUUACCCCCACAGCCGACUAAGCAGACAAUUUUCAACUCGUUUAGCUAUUCGCCGAAUUUCAAAACUACAUCAGCUUUGUUUUCUUCAACCACCCCCAAGAUACAAACUACGCAAAACCAUUUGAUCUUUGGUUCCACGUUCAAUGAUUUAGGUAAUGUGCCUACACCACAAACAAAAGUAGUCUCACCGUUAAAAAUUGAUCCCAAUGGAAGUAAAAACUACUUUAAAGCCAGUCCCCAAGACCCGUUCAUCAAGAAUUUCCACAACUUCGACUAUAAUAAGAUAACCACUUAUAAUCCCCCAAUCAUACAAAGUACAACACAAAGUGCGUUUAACGACUACUACCAAUCACAAAACUACGACGAUCCCGAAACUGUCAACAUUAACUAUGAUAAAACGAAGCAAAAGUUAUCUGACAACGUCGGUCUAACGCAACAAGUUUCCCAACAAUACGCCAAUGCUCCAGGAUUAUUUGAUUUACAAAACUCAUUCAAUGCUCUAUCACAUCGCCCAACAUACGCAGUCGUGGAAAAUGUAUCAGAAGAUAUAAACACGGAAACACCGGCAUGGACUGUAACUCCACAAUCUCAUGGUAACAAUCAGAAACUUGAAGAAACGGUUACAAAACCUGAGAAUACCAACAACAUUUUCGAAAAACCAACAACCACAAAUCCUGAUUCCGCAGAUGAGUACGCCAUUGUUACUGAAAGCGAUAAAGGUUAUGAAAAUGGCUUCAAUUACGAAAGUCACAUAGACACACAGAGCAGACGACCUCUGGGCGAUGACUUUGAACCAAUAGGAAAGACUAAAUUAAAGGAAUACUAUUACAAAGUGUCUACGCCAACAUAUGACCACAAAACUUACAGACGGACGAAAAAGCCCAAUGAAUCGCAGAAACAAGAUGUAACAACACAAAUUACAAAUAAUAUAAGUAUAAAAGAUAUUAACGACGCAGCGAUUGAAACAUUACCUACGCUGCCUCCCAAUCUACACUUUAAACGCCCUAGCACUUCUGAACCUUUAGUAGAUAAGGAUAAAAUUAGAAAAAGGAAUAAAAUCAGAAGACGUCGUCCUAUAAACCGAAACAAAGAAGAGACAACCACCCGCAGAGAUGCAUCUACAGAGGCUUCCACUACUAUUGCAGAGGAAAUUCCUACUAUACGACCACGGGUAAGGCCUAUCAAGACAAGAACUGAAUCGAGCCUGACUACUCCGACUGUAACUACAGACUUAACUACAAGUGCAUUACCAACCACGUCCGCAACAAAACCCACGGUCAUUAGGAAAAAGCUACUCGGUCACCGACGUCCUCUAACUACUCCUUCAGAGAAAAUCGAUACAACAACACAAGCUACAAAAGUACUUGAUCAAAGUAAAGAGUCUCCAAUAAUGAAAAUAUCUUCUCGUAUACAAUCAACUAAAUUACCAACGAAUAAUAAUGAACAGAAAACCAGCGAAAUUCCAGAUUAUAGUCAUAAACAGGACGAAAAGGAUACACCAACAAGUGACGUCUCCGUAAGCCUAAACGAUAACUUAAAUGAGUUUUCAUUCCACAGAGAUGUAAGACCUGUAGGAAUCAAAGAAUCUACCACAGAAUCUAUUAAACAAACUGAAUCAACAACUAUCGCACGCACAGAAUCGGAUUCGCGAACAACGGGAAAAAUACAAAGACCAAGGCUCAAAAAUAAAUUGGAUAGACCCAAAUUCAGCGUCAAAGAUUAUAGAAAUCGUCUGAACUCAACUACAAGUACUACGGAGAAAGUAGAAGAAAAUACACCAAAAGCAAGACAUGCACCAAGAAAGAAUCCUUACAGCGAGUUACUUUUUACCGACGUCGAAACAACAACUGAGAGAAAGAAGUUCACACCCAAAGAACCAAGAUACAAAUUAAACAAGACAGAAAUCAACGAACAGGAAAUUCAUUCGAGACAUAAUGGGCGAGUCAAACAGGCAGAGAGCGAAGUAACGACUCAAAAGAUUUCAUCUAGAAUCCGAAUUGGUCAGAGACGGCCGAAACCUACAGAAGACGCUACUGAAACGACAAGUCCUACAACAGUACACAGUAAAAGGCCUCAGAGAAAGAAGAUUCCAGAUUCAGAAAUUGGACAAUCAGUACAAGAUAUAACAGUUACAGAAACAGCAAACAAUGAUCACAAAAACGAUAUCACAUCAGAAAGAACGCGUUCUGAAAGUGCAAUAAUGAAAAUAGCAGACAAGAAACAUCAAGAUCACAUAGAACGCCUCUUCGAGCAUUCAAAGCGAGUAUCAGAUUUAACUUUAGCAGCUAGUAAAGACUACAACACCCCUGGAAUGUUUAAAACUCUUUCGUCAAACAGCAGAAGGAUACCAAGUUAUUUCACAAUAGCUACAGAUGACCCUAUACUUCCAAUAGAAGCUUUCUUCCCUCAGCUUAACCAAAAGAAGGAAUCAUAACGUUCCUAUAUAUUAAUAAGGGAGCGUCCAAACCUUACGUAAAGUUAGCUCCUGACUGUGAGCCAAGAUGACGUAGUUUUUGCUUUUGUAAUUUGCGUAGCGUAGUAUGGCCAAUAUAAUUAACGUUUGUCUUUACACACUAGGGUGGAAAGUGAUCUUGCUGGCAUUACGUCAGGUAUGGAUGCAUUUUAAAAGUUACAAAAACCAAAUCUCUUCGACUGCCAAAGCGUCAGAAAAAAUCUAGUUUUACGCAAUAUUAGUUCUAGCAUUUAAAAAUUUGUGGUUGUUUAAAACCCCACCUGCAUUUCUAUAUUUAACAAUUUUUUUUAAAUAUAAAUUUUAACAAUGACUUCUUGUUAUUCAUGUUGGUGCUCAUUUUAUAUUAGUAUUAAAUCCAAUAUAUCGUGAAUGAUAUAUUCGUAUAGUAUUAUAUUAGUGUACGUAAUAUGUGUGUGUGUUGACUUUUGUGUAAGAGUAGGUUAUGUAUGUGUGUGUUUUAAAUAUUUAUAAUGAUGUAGAUGUUAAAUGUGUAAAUAAAUUAAUUUCUUAAAGUAACAAAA